GAAGCCCAGAGGCCAGUGCAAGCAGGCAGCCCUGAGCUUGCACAUGAUGUCCCCUCCCUGCAGGUUCCUGUCCUUGAGCCCAGGCCCUGAGGUGAGGCUGAGAAGUGGCGCGGAGGUGAGCCCAGAGCUGUCCCUGAGGUGAGGCUGAGAAUAAGUGCAAGGCAGAGGUGCUGCUGAGGAAGGAGAGCCCUGUGGUGGGAAAGAAGACAAAGCUGUGAGUGCCCAUCCCCGAGCAGGUGCUGUGUCCAUCCCCUGUGUGCCAGGAUUUGUCCUUCCCAAAGCUUGGGCGGAUGGAGGAGGAGGCUGCGAGGAAGAGGAAGAUGCCUUGGGCCCCCCAGGCAGGUGAGGAGGAAGUCAGUGUCCCUUUGGGCGGGUGUUGUGCUGGCUCUGUCAGCCGAGCAUGGCCCCGGCUGCAGGACAACCCCGCUGGCGCCGCCGUCCUGCCGGGGCCGGAGUUGGGGGGAUGUCCUUGGCCUUCCCUGUGGGCUGGAGGCAAAUCCCCUCCCUGUCCUUCUUGCUUCCUGCCCCAGGCCCCGAGCUGAGGACGGAGAGCCCGGAGGACAAAUCCCCCCGUGAGACCCUGGUGGGAGAGGCCGUUUUGAAGGGCUCCCCGGCGCAGGAAGGCAGCGGGGAGGGAAAGGGCCGGAGAUCCCCCCGCAGGAGGGGCUCCAAAGCCAUCCCAGGGUGCUCUGAGGAGGAAAGAGCCAGCCUGUGCCAGGAAGGCGGCCGGAGCUUGAGGCGGAGCUCUGAGCUGGUGGUCCCUGAUCAGCCUCCCAGCAGGGAAAAGCCCUUCAGGUGCUUGGAAUGUGGGAAGAGCUUUAGGAGGAGCACCACCCUCCUCACCCACCAGCACAUCCACACUGGGGAACGUCCCUACACAUGUGGGGAAUGUGGGAAGAGCUUCAGGCAAAGCUCCAAGCUUAUCCAACAUCAGCGCAUCCACAGUGGGGAAUGGCCCUACACAUGUAGGGAAUGUGGGAAGGGCUUCAGUGACAGGUUCACUCAACGCAUCCACCAGCGCAUCCACAGUGGGGAACGGCCCUACACGUGUGGGGAAUGUGGAAAGAGCUUCAACUGGAACUCCAACCUCCUCACCCACCAGCGCAUCCACACAGGAGAACGUCCCUACACGUGUGGGGAAUGUGGGAAGAGUUUCAGACACAGCUCCACCCUGCACUCCCACCAGCACAUCCACACUGAGGAACGGCCCUACACGUGUUGGGAAUGUGGGAAGAGCUUCAACUACAGCUCCAACCUCCUCACCCACCAGCGCAUACAUACUGGGGAGCGGCCCUACACGUGUGGGGAAUGUGGGAAGAGGUUUCAGACCAGCUCUCAUCUCCUCAGACAUGAGCGGACGCACACAGAUGAGAGGCCCUUCCGCUGCACCGACUGCGGGAAGGGCUUCAAGCAGAACUCCACCCUCCUCACCCACCGGCACAUCCACAGCGGGGAGAGGCCCUACAAGUGUGGGGAGUGUGGGAAGAGCUUCAUCCGAAACUCUAAGUUGACCAAACACCAACGGACCCACCAGUAAGGGAAGCCCUACCAGUGCCCCAACUGCAGGAAGAGCUUCGGCCGUAGGACUGACACGCAAAAAAGGUUUCAAAAGGUCUUCAGGAUUUUGAGUAUCUGCACUCCAACAUCAAUUUAUUCUUUUGAAUAUGUGUAAGUUUAACCUCAUUUUAGUCUGAAAGCCAAAUUCACCACUACCCCAUUCCCUGAUAACCGUAGGCUGAUUCUGACAAGUGAGGCAGAAAUUACCCACUGCCCAGCAAAAACCAGUGGGGCCAGCCAGUGGUCUCUGCCCUGGCAGCCCAGUUUCCCCAGUCUCAUCUCAAAAUGACCAGUUACACUGAAGCAAAGAGCACUGGAACCAGUGCAACAAGCCCCAGUCUGACUUUCACACCUGCCCAUGUCUCCUGUUUUCU